CGGCGCUGGUGAGGCGGCCCGGGCGAGGGCGGCGCUGGUGAGGCGGCCCGGGCGAGGGCGGCGCUGUUUGUGGAAAUGUUAUUGUCCCUUUCGAAAGAGGAAUGAUUUGGUGGUGAUGGAGUGCUGCCACUGACAGAUGGACGCCCAGGAAGGAAGGUCAGAAGAGGCAGAAGGAGCCAAAGAGAGAGGCCUGGUUUAUGUGUGGAAGGCUGGUUCUUGUUCUGUAACUCCAGAAAGGCUUCCAGGCCUCAGUGGAAAGACUGUAUUACAGGCAGCCCUUGGAAUACAUCAUGGAUUACUUCUAACAGAAGGUGGAGAGGUCUACAGUUUUGGAAAACUUCCCUGGAGAUCAGGACCAGAGGAGUUGUGGGCUAAAAGUCCUAUCUUAGAAAACACUUUGCUUGGACAUCAUGUUAUUACAGUGGCAGCUGGCAGCUUCCAUAAUGGAGCUGUGACAGAAAGUGGUGUGGUUUAUAUGUGGGGGAACAAUUCUGCUGGCCAGUGUGCAGUUGCUGAUCAGCCAUGUGUGCCAGAGCCACAACCCGUCAGUAUUUCUGAUUCUGAAACCAGUCCUCUGUUAUCUGUAAGGAUUUUGCAGCUAGCAUGUGGAGAGGAACACACACUGGCACUAUCUCUAAGCAGAGAGAUAUGGGCUUGGGGGAGUGGCUGCCAGCUUGGUCUCAUAACAACGACUUUCCCAGUGACAAAGCCACAGAGGGUAGAGCACCUGGCAGGACGUGUUGUGCUCCAGAUUGCUUGUGGAGCCUACCACAGCCUGGCUCUGGUACAAUGUCUCCCGGUGCAGGAAAUGAAGCCAAUCCCAGAGAGAUGCAAUCAUUGCAGUCAACUUCUCAUUACCAUGACAGACAAGGAAGAUCAUGUAAUCAUUUCAGAUAGUCACUGUUGCCCACUGGGUGUAGCACUGUCUAGUAAACAACCAGAAAACAAUGUCCUCUAUCCCUCCCUGGAGACCUUGGAAGGAAAAAGUGUAGCAGGUAGCCAAAGCGAAGACUGUAAGAAACCGCUUGUGGAAGAACACACACUUGUUGCUUUAGAAUCUGGAGUGCAUGCUCUUUCCAGCAAUGAUGGACGGGAAGACAGUGGUAUUUCUAGUCCUGGAAAUAAUCUCUUCUUAGACAAAAAAGGAGUGAAAGAGUACUCGGUCGGUCUACCAGACCACUCAUUAAAUGAGAGCCUGGAGAAAAACAUCUGCACAGAACCUGAGCAGCCUUCUCAAGAAGAACAAGUCAGUGCUUGCAUCCCUGGUCCUCCAGGAACCAGCACAUCUGCCUUGAACAGCUUGGUGGCCUCUUGUGCAUCAGCGGUUGGUGUGAGAGUAGCUGCUACGUAUGAAGCUGGAGCGUUGUCUCUGAAGAAAGUAAUGAACUUCUAUGGUACACCUUCAAGUGAAACAGGAUCUCAGUCUGGUGGUGGUUCCCCAGGGCCGGAAGCUCUGAGAGACAGCCGAGAAGAGCAGGUCAGACUGGAAUCCAUGCAGGGAAAGAAGAGUUCCAGUUUAGUAGAUAUUAGAGAGGAGGAAUCUGAAGGGGGGAGCCGAAGACUUUCCCUGCCUGGCUUGUUGUCACAAGUUUCUCCUAGGCUCUUACGGAAGGUAGGACGAGCAAAAAUGAGGGCUGUAGCUCUGACUCCAACUUACAGUGGUGAAGCCGAUGCUCUUUUACCCUCUCUAAGAACAGAAGUAUGGAGUUGGGGAAAGGGGAAAGAAGGACAGCUAGGGCAUGGAGAUGUUCUGCCAAGGCUUCAGCCACUGUGUGUGAAAAGCCUAGAUGGUAAAGAAGUGAUUCAUCUCUCUGCUGGUGGCCAUCAUUCCUUAGCACUCACUGCCAAAUCCCAGGUGUAUUCAUGGGGCAGUAAUAACUCUGGUCAGCUUGGUCACUUGAGCUCUCCAACAACAGUGCCUCGUCUUGCAAAGGUGUGUGGUAAUGGUGUUUGGAGUAUGGCAGCAGGAUUAGAUUAUUCCCUCUUUUUAGCAGAUGAGGAAGACUUCCAACCUGGAUUGUAUUAUAGUGGCCAGGAGACAACAGAAAAUAAUUUGAAUGAAAAUAGCUGUCCUAAGAGUCCAUUUUUGUUACUAUCCUGUAGUAAGAUAGGGUACAUAAGCAAUGUGUUAGCUGGUGGUGACAACUGCUUGGUCUUAGUAGACAAAAAUGUAAUGGGAUAUAUUGCCAGUUUGCAUGAGUUGGCCUCUUCAGAGAGAAGGUUUUACUUCAAACUGAGUGAGAUUAAGUCUCAGGUUCUUAGACCUCUUUUGGGUUUAGAUAAUUUGGGCAAUGCAAGUACAAUCCAGUUAUUGCAGGAAAUGGCAAGCAGGUUCAGCAAGCUAUGCUAUCUCAUUGGUCAACAUGGAGCUUCUUUAAGUAGCUUUCUUCAUGGAGUAAAAGAAGCAAGGAGCUUGGCCAUCCUGAAGCAUUCCAGUCUCUUUUUGGAUAGUUACACCGAGUAUUGUAUUUCAGUAACAAACUUCCUUGUAAUGGGAGGAUUUACACUCCUUGCAAAACCAGCAAUAGGCUUUUUGAGUAAAAACCAGGAGCUGUUACAGAAACUGUCUGAGAAGAAUGAGGAAAACCUCCAGCUAGUUGAAGUUCUGAAUGCUCUGUUUUUCAUGCCGUUUGGACGACUUCAUAAUUAUGCUAGGACUUUGCUAAAGCUUGCCACAUGUUUUGAAGUGGCAUCUCCAGAAUAUCAGAAACUACAGGACUGUAGUUCUUGUUAUGAGAGCCUUGCUGUCCACCUUAGCAGAAAAAGGAAGGAAGCAGAAUACACGCUUGGCUUCUGGAAGACCUUUCCUGGGAAAAUGACGGAUUCCCUGCGAAAGCCAGAGCGGCGUCUCAUCUGUGAAAGCAGCAAUCGGGGGCUGUCUCUGCAGCAUGCUGGAAGAUUCUCUGUAAACUGGUUCAUCCUCUUCAAUGAUGCUCUGGUGCAUGCUCAGUUCUCAACACAUCAUAUUUUUCCCUUGUCUACACUGUGGGUAGAAGCUCUUUCAGAAGAAGCUGGUAACGUGAACGGAUUGAAGAUUACAACACCAGAAGAACAGCUUGUUCUUGUGUCUUCAUCACCACAGGAGAAGAACAAGUGGCUGAGGGCAAUUAGCCAAGCAGUGGAUCAGGCACUUAGAGGGACUUCUGACUUAAUUCUGUAUGGAGCUGGUGGGAAUGUGCCAAGACAAGAACCUCCUAUUUCUCGCACUGCCAAAUACACGUUCUAUAAGGACCUUCGAUUUAAGGAUGCUGUUUAUGAUGGGAGAUGGCUUUCAGGGAAACCUCAUGGCAGAGGGAUCCUAAAGUGGGCAGAUGGAAGAAUGUACUCUGGGUCAUUUCGGACUGGGUUGGAGGAUGGAUUUGGUGAAUACAGAGUGCCGAACAAAGCACUGAAUAAGGAUGACCAUUACGUGGGCUACUGGAAAGAAGGCAAAAUGUGUGGACAUGGAGUCUACAGUUAUGCUACUGGUGAGGUGUAUGAGGGCUGUUUUCAGGAUAACAUGCGUCAUGGGCAUGGUCUGCUACGCAGUGGAAAGCUGACCUCUUCCUCUCCCAGUAUGUUUAUUGGACAGUGGACAAUGGAUAAGAAGAGUGGUUAUGGAGUUUUUGAUGAUAUCACAAGAGGAGAAAAGUAUAUGGGAAUGUGGCAAGAUGAUCUUUGCCAAGGCAAUGGUGUUGUGGUUACGCAGUUUGGACUGUAUUAUGAAGGAGCCUUCAGCACCAACAAAAUGAUGGGGACUGGAAUUCUGCUGUCAGAGGAUGACACAGUCUAUGAGGGGGAAUUUUCAGAUAACUGGACUCUGAAUGGAAAGGGAACACUGACCUUGCCCAAUGGAGACUAUAUUGAAGGUCUCUUCAGUGGAGAGUGGGGAUCUGGAAUAAAAAUCACAGGAACCUACUUCAAACCUAGCUUGUAUGAGAACGAGAAGGACAAACCUAAAGCAUUGCGGAAGCUUGGGAUCCUGGCAGUACCUCCUGAUGAGAAAUGGAAGGCAGUAUUUGAAGAAUGCUGGAACCAGCUUGGUUGCGAGAGCCCAGGCCAAGGGGACAGGUGGAAGGCCUGGGACAACAUUGCAGUGGCCCUGACUACCAACCGACGGCAGCACAAAGACAGUCCAGAAGUAUUGAGCCGCUCACAUACUCAGACACUGGAAAGCUUGGAGUUCAUUCCACAACACAUUGGUGCCUUCACACUGGAAAAAUAUGAAAAUAUAAAGAAAUAUUUGAUAAAGGCCUGUGAUACUCCUCUCCAUCCAUUGGGCAAGCUGGUGGAAACACUGGUAGCUGUCUACAGAAUGACCUAUGUCGGAGUAGGAGCUAAUCGGCGAUUACUGCAGGAGGCUGUAAGAGAGAUAAAGUCCUACCUCAAACGCAUCUUCCAGUUGGUUAGGUUCUUGUUUCCUGAUCUGCCGGAUGAGGGCAGCACAAUUCCGUUUCAGCCAACCGAGACAAAAAGGCGAUCGUUUUGCAGUGGGAAAUCUGACUCCAGAUCAGAAUCUCCUGAGCCAGGCUAUGUGGUAACCAGUUUUGGUUUGCUGCUCCCUGUCUUACUGCCACGACUCUAUCCUCCCCUGUUUAUGCUGUAUGCCUUAGACAAUGAGCGUGAAGAAGAUACGUACUGGGAAUGUGUUUUACGUCUAAACAAACAAACUGAUCUGGCUCUUCUGAGUUUUCUUGGAGUGCAAGCGAAAUUUUGGCCAGAAACUGUGUCCCUCCUUGGAGAGAGCAGAAAGGUAUCAUCAAAUACAAAGGAUGCCUGCUUUGCCUCUGCAGUUGAGUGUUUACAGCAAAUCAGUACCACAUUUACCCCAGCUGACAAAUUGAAGGUGAUCCACCAAACUUUUGAAGAGAUCUCUCAGAAUGUACUAAAGAGUCUUCAGGAAGAUUUUCUGUGGUCCAUGGAUGACUUACUUCCUAUUUUUCUCUAUGUGGUGCUACGAGCCAGGAUAAGGAAUUUAGGGUCUGAAGUGCACUUAAUUGAAGACCUGAUGGAUCCAUAUCUGCAGCAUGGGGAGCAAGGCAUUAUGUUCACUACCUUGAAGGCGUGUUACUACCAGAUUCAACAUGAAAAGCUUACCUAGACCAUUUACAGAUGGGCUGUGUGGGAUAAUCUGCUUAGAGGAACUUCACUAAUACCCCACUUCCUUCUCGGAAACGGUGUUUAGAAAAUGCUGCAGUUCUCUGGUUACAGAUGAAAAUACUCGGUUGUUUCUUCUGAACUUUCAGCUUUAAGAUUGGAAAACUGCAGCUCGAGGCUAUCUAUGAAAUGCUGAUGAAGCUAGAGACUUGGUUUGUCAAGUACUUGCCAAGCAGAAACAAUUUCCUAUUCUAACAGAAAGAUUUACUACUCCUGAAAGAACAGUACUGCAAAAAGGCAUGGCACCUACAUAGAGUACACGUGAGAGUCUGGACCGCAUGGCUUCUAAAGCAGUGGGUUUGUUUUUAUUAUUCUUGGUUUGUCAACAGAGACUUUUUAAAAGAGAUUUGAUUGCACCACUGAACCAUUCAGUCUUCCUGAAUUAAGCUAUUAGGCUUGUUUAUUUAAAAGUAGAAAUAUGUUAGUAUUUAUAAUGGAUAACCUAUUCAUGUGUCUGUCUGCAAAGGUUUUGAGGCAUCUGUGCUGAACAGCAUUGCUGAGUGCAAAUCAUUCAUGUGCUGUUGUGGAAAUAAUCCCACUGUUAUGGACUUCUGCAUUUACUGGAAUUAUAAAUACACAGGCGUUCACCAUUAUUUUUGGUUAUGAAAUGAAUAAAAGGCACUGACCACUUCAGAUUUUGGCACUGAAUUAAAGACAUGCAAUCCAUAGUAUUCACUUUGACAAACACUGGAAGCCCAUGGGAGAAUGGUAAAGUACUCUUGAAUAAGCUGACAAUGAAUUCCGUUUGAGACUUUUGGCUGUUAACUUAUGCGUCAGAGUGAAUAAAAGCUGAUCUUGUUGCAUUUUUGAACAUGUAGAGAACAAGCAAUUUCCCUGGUGUAUUUUUGUGUGUAUGUGUUCUGUGGUUUAUGGUUAACUUCAUUUAUACCAAUGACACUAGUGGCUAACUUGGGUCUUGUAGGUGCUGUUCUUUACCAUGGGCAACUCAAAAAAAAAGGGAGGGAGGUAUAGAUUAUAGAAUGUUAUAAUGGUUUAAGUUAUGUCAGAACUACCAUAGAUGAUGCUAAUCAUAUUUUUUAAGUAGUAACUAUGGCUAGUGUAUUGACACUGAAAUGGAAAGAAACCAUAUGUCAAAAUACUGUUUUGAACAGUGACUGUAAUGUAGCAGUUUUCAUAAUAAAGUAAAAAUUAUUGGUCUUUCUGUAAUUAUUUUCAUGACAAUCAGAGAAGGUGAAAGUAGUUUGGGCAAGGUGAUGUUUGAAACUAUUGCAAUACUUGCAACAAAAUCAUACUUGCAACUAGAGUAUGGUCCAGAUCUGGCAAAGACUUGAUCUUUGGAAGUCUCUUCUGACCCCUAACAUCCUAUGAUCCUGUGAAAAUAUAGAGAUAAUAGAUUUCAAGUUUGCAAGCAGUUUUGUUAGUCUUGUUUUUCAUAUUAUACAGAAUAAUUUGAGGAGAGAUGAGCAGUAACAGGGAAGCUGUAAAAAGAUGUAAAGGGAGGAAAACAGAUAAACAGCUAAGGGCAGAGUGUACAAUGAAGGAAUGUGAGCACAAACUUUCUUGCUAGAUUUUUGUCUUUCCAUGCAAUCAUCUCUUAGAAUUUAAUGUGCAAAAACCUUAACUGAAACCUGUAGAAAUAGAAUUGCUCUUUGAAAAGGAGCUGUAUUGAACAACUGAAUAAACCAAUGGCAAUAAUUUUCAUCUACAGAGAUCUCAAUUCAGGAUUUAUUUUGGCUUUUUGGGGAAUGGAAUAAUUAAAAACAGAUCUGGUUUUAUUCCUCCCACUGAUAACUUCAGUGUUAGUGUUUGUUGUCUUCAGAUAUUGCAGAAGAAAGGAAGGAUUUUAGUCUUCAGUUCCGAUAUGUGAAAAGCUUUGUUUGUUUUGACCUUACUCCCAUGUUGAUUCAGUACGUUAGACUGAGAAUGUAACUAGAGAUGGGAAGUUUUUCCAUAAUCUUCCUGCCAUUCAAGAAGGAGAUUUAUCUAUAGAUACACAGCAACUUCAACUGUUUAUUCACCAUGAAUUACGCAAAGUUGAGAGCUAAAAUGGUGAAGAAUACAUUUGCCUUUACAUAGACACCACACACACCCCCCCUUACAAAAAAGUAGUGCUACUGCAGCUAUUGCACAUGAAUUUCGCUUGCAGAUUAAUAUAAGGAGACAGCCUGGGCUGGAUUAUUUUUGGUUUUUCUGAUAUAUAACUCGGUUAUUAGCUGAAGAGAAUCCUAGGAUUAAAUGUGCUUCUGACACAGAUUCCACUUCACAGCCUGUGUGGCCUGUGAUGCGUUAGAAAAUCGGUAUAGACCAGGUUUUAUUUGUGCAUUUCUGUAGCUAACAAAUUAGUUCAGGAUUUCUCCAGAUGUUUUGCUUCAUGAGAAUGAUUUUUUCUUUCAUUUUUCCCCUCCUUCCUUGAAUUGGAAUCUGAAUAUUUCUUGUGCUGCAGCAGAAAUCUUGUAACAAGUAACAGAAGAUUGAUGGUUAUGGAUUGUCAUUUUAGUUGCAGGCACAGUAGCUGAAGGCAGACCUGAAGAAAUGAGUGAGUUGCUGAGAAUAAAACUAUUGAAGUGAGAGAGAACGUAAAAGCAGGUUUUUUGUGCAAGAAAAGGAUUAAGGGGAUUUGUUCUCUUCUCCUUGGUAAUGAGUAGUUCUAAGGUUAGGUUUCUGCGGAUUAGAAAACAGAGGAUGUCCAUAGAUUAGCUAGGGCAGUGAGGUUACUUGCUCUGCUAACAUCCAGCAAGUACUCUUCCUCUCUGGAAAUUCUGCAUGAGCUGAACAUAGUGUAUUCAGUGGUGUUUGCAGGUAAGAAAAUAUGCACUUUACUAAAACCAUUGUACUGCACAGAUGCAUUUCUCCCAUGCAACUGUAGCUACUCAUAGCUACGGCAAACUAUGUGACAGCGGUUUAAUUUUCACUAGCUAAAUCUUCUGAGGUUUGCAUGAAUGGGGAGUAGGAGCUCAGAAGGUAAUUUUCACUUCUAAGCCUCACACUAUAUUCUGACUUGAAUGGCAAGUGCUAUAUAUUAAUGUUUUGGGUUUCUUUUGCCAAAAGUAGAUUUGCUUCUUAACUGUAUUUGUUUCUAGAAGCAGUUUAGGGAAUUACCUGUUCUGCUACACUGAGGUGUAAACAAAGGUAUGUGACUGAUACAGGAUUGUAAAACAAAUCCUUUCUUUGAACUGCCUAGCCAGGUAUUUCUAAGCUGGUUUAAUAUCAAUGUGUUGAUGUUGUCAGGUGGUUGUUGCAUGGUUUGGUGAGUCGUUUUUUCUUAGUAAGCCCAGUUGUCCGUGAAGAGCUGGAAGGGAAGCUUACCACCUCACAUGAUUACAUGCACUGCACCCAAGUAUCCUGUUUAAUGUGCUGCUCUGCAGUGGCGUUAACCCCCCUUGUAAACGAGGUACUCACAACACCAUUGUGGCUGUAAGCUUUUGUGUCAAAGGAAAACAGAAUGAAUAAUUGAAUGUAUCUGAUUAUGAAGAGUAAUAGCAUAAAUUGCUUCACUGUCAGCCUUAUAAUAUGUAGAUGUGAUUAUCUAAAUGUCACAGAAUGCCUUAUGUGAAUAAAGUCAGUGUUUUUAUAAGGAACAUAA